CUUAGCAUUUGCCAUUGUGAAAAUACAGGAAGUGUGCUGUCGAUGCGGUAAAUGUGAAUCCAACGUUUUUUAUCCUUUGGAGAUAUUGUUGUUUUUGAAAUGGCAGGAAUACCACCAGAUUCAUGGCAGCCUCCGACAGUUUCUUUGGAGACAACAAUGGGAACUAUUGUGGUUGAACUUUACUGGAAGCAUGCUCCGAAAACUUGCAAGAACUUUGCAGAGCUGAGUAGAAGAGGAUAUUACAACACUACAAAGUUCCAUCGCAUCAUCAAAGAUUUCAUGGUACAAGGUGGAGAUCCAACUGGAACAGGUCGUGGAGGUGCAUCAGUAUAUGGCAAACAGUUUGAAGAUGAAUUGCACCCAGAGCUGAAAUUCACAGGAGCUGGUAUCCUGGCCAUGGCAAAUGCAGGUCCUGAUACCAACGGCAGCCAGUUUUUCCUGACCCUGGGUCCAACGCAGUGGCUGGAUGGGAAGCACACAAUAUUCGGCCGUGUGUGCCAAGGCAUGGGAGUCGUCAAUAGGAUUGGUAUGGUGGAAACCAACUCACAAGAUCGUCCUGCAGAUGACAUCAAAAUACUGAGAAUGACUUUGCCAAACUGACUAAAGCAAACUUCAAAUAUUUUUUUUCUUUUUGUGUUCAUAAUCAAGGCAAAUUUGUAAUAAAACAUCUGUGGAACUUUUAUAUAAUCUUUGGAUAUGAUUUAUUGUAAUAUUUUAGAAUUUAGGUAAUUAGAUCCACCCAAGCCACUUUUGCCAAAAGUUAUAUAUAGUUAUAGAAAUCAAAUUGCCAUUUUGGUAGUAGCCAAGUGAAGAUGCCAGGGAAUGUGUUUUUAUUUUGUCAGGAUAACAGUGAGUGAUCAGAUCAGUGGGGCAGUGUUGUCCCUUCUCAGAACAGGGUGUUCUUUGUAGGUACAGACUAGACCACAGAGUUGUGCUGUAGAGCUAGCCUGGGAUUUGGGAUAAUUCAUACUACAGUGCACAUGACUCAUGCGAAGGGAAACGCAGGCCAAUACUGGCUCUUGCCAACUAAUAGCGUAAAAGCAACCACCGGCAGGAAGUAAACAAGAUAUGGAGAAGGGGUUUUUUUUAAGCUUUAACUUGACAUUGAACUUUUGUAAUCACUGUGAGCUAUAACAAUGUGCAACCAAAGUAGGGCACAUUAAAACAUCUUACCACAAUGA